AAGAGUACGUAAUAGUAACGAAACAAAAUUGCAUGUGCGUUUGCACGUUUUCUGUUAGGUAGGUUAUAAAAAUCAUCUAGCAAUCAUGUCGUAUGCAAAAAAGUAUAGUCCGAACCAGUCUGCUAAUCGCCCUAGAACUAAAUCUUUAAAACAAAAAAAUGGAUAUGUCUUGAUAGCUGACAUUGGAUUAGCAUCUUCAAGACUACUGCCAAAUAAGAGAACAUUUUCCGAACAGGUUAAAGAUUGCCUUAUUAUAUUCAUACAGCAAAAGAUAUUUAUAAACAAUGCUUCAGAUGAUAUUGCCAUUAUUUUGUGUGGAUCAGACACCACAAAAAAUAGCCUUGGUUAUCAGAAUAUUCAAGUUCUCUGGGAUAUGGACAAAGUCAGCUGGGAGGCAGCUAAAUGUGUAAAUGAAAUUGUCAGAACAAAAAAUUUUGAAGGAGACUGGAUGGAUGCAUUAGGUGUUGCAUUGGACUUGGUUCACAGAAAUGUGAAAGCUGGAAAUGUUUAUGACACCAUUCAGAUUAUUUUUUUCACUAAAUUUGAAUCACCUUUCAAAACAUCUGAAAGAACUCAGAAAGCCUACAUCUCUGCCCUGUUAGCUGAACAAACGAGUUUCUUUAUUGUGGGAUCAAAUUUAGAUCAAGAUUCUCUAGGAGAUGAGAAAAAGAUGAACAAAGGAGAAUCAGUUGCUUAUCAACUUAUACAAGAGGCUAGUGGUGCAUUUUACAGCUUUGGAGAUUUUUCUGCUAGUAUGCUUCAUUAUACAGAGCAACCGAAACUCGGAGCACCAUGGAAUGUAACUCUAGAUAUUGGAUCUAAAAUUAAGAUCCCAAUUUCAGCCUACAUAAAAGUAAAAAAAAGUGAAAGCCUGAGAUGGAUUGAAGAAACUAAUACUGAAGAAGCUCUCGUUGAUAGAGAAAGAACCUAUCAGAAGGAACAGUCAAAUGCAAUGAUAGACAGAGAGGACGUUAUAUCUGCUUAUAAAUAUGGCUCCAAGCUCAUCCCGGUUUCAAUUGAAGAGGAGAAGCAUUGGAGUUACAAAUCAGGAAACAGGUGUUUGUCAGUCUUAGCCUUCGUGGAUCCCAUUCCACCACAAUUUGGCUCGGGAACUGGGACGAAGUUUAUUUUUCCUCACCGGAAAGCCGGGGUCGUGGAUCGUAGUGCACAAAUUGCUCUUUCAGCUUUGGUUAACGCAAUGGCAGAAGCUGGCAAAGUUGCGAUAGUCAGACAUGUUUAUAAUAACAAUACCCGGCUUGCAAUCGGAGUUCUGGCGCCUCGAAUAAAAUUCAAAUAUGAGUGUUUAGUAUUCCACGAAUUACCUUUCGCAGAAGAUUGGCGCCAAUAUGAAUUUUCACCGAUAAUCACUCCGAAAAGUAAACCUAGCGCCGAACAGGUGGAAGCAAUCGAUGAAUUGAUUGACAGAUUAGAUUUGAGUAGUGCUGAAGAAUUUAACUCAACCAAAAUGUCUGAUCCCUACGAAGAAUAUAUCCGCAACGUAAUCGGCUUCAAAGUGUUGAACCCCGACGACCCGCUACUUGACAUUCCGCCCCACAUCAAAAUGAACCUCCAACCAGCGCCGUCGCUUAUGGAAGGAGUUAAAGAUGUUUUAAAUCGCAUACAACAACUAUUUCCGUUGCAAGUGACAGACAAUCUCAAAGCCAAGAAUUUCGAAACGUCAAAACGAGGAGCCGUUCCAGCCACGGAGGAGUACGCUGCGAUAGAGAACGAGGCCAAAAAAACAAAACUUGAUGAAAGCGGUGAAGUCGAUCUAGAGUCUAUUUUCCGAACGAAAACUGUCAUCGGAGUUGGCACAGCAAACCCGGUUAAAGAUUUCUCUCAUCUUCUUCAAAUGGGAAAGAAACCAGUAGAAGAAGUCUAUGAAGAGAUGUCUAAAGUGAUCGUUAAACUUCUAGAAGAUGGUGGAGGCACCAAUGCAGCCUUAAUGGACAAAGCCAAGAGUUGCGUUCAAGCUUAUCGGGAGCAUGCCUUGUCACAGGGCCAUGUGGUGUGUUUCAACCGCUGGAUGGAACAAUUUAAGGAACAUGCUGUCAGUAAUUAUUUCACCGACUUCUGGCUAAACUAUGUGGCCAACUCUCGGCUCGGAUUAAUUACAAAAGAAGAAUCAUCCUUGUCAGAUGUCGAGAAGCAAAAAGCUGAACAAUUUCUCCGAUUGUCCGGAAACGUGAACGAAAUUGACUCGGUGGACGAAGACGAAGAAUUGCUCAAUUUGAUUGAAUGAAGUCCAGGUGGCCAGCAGUUGGGUGAUGGGAGCAAUGUACGAUAUGGCAAGUAAUUGUCUAAGCUACUCUUGCCCUGAAAUCUUUUCCCAUCUGUAAAAAUAUUUUCUACUGUCUUCUUGUAAUCCCUGCAUUAUUCCAAUGUCCCCGUGUUCCGCACGACUUGCGUUGCUGCGAACGGGGCGUUUCACCUUGUCGAUUAUUGCACGAUUGAAUUUGUUGAAUUCAUGGUUUAGUCAAGGUUGAUUGAAAAGUUCAGUUAGACGAAUGAAUUUAUGUUUUUGAUCAUACGAGGUAAGUAUAUCCCAAGAAUCCCGUUUCCACUUCUAUUGAAACCUGAUAAUAACGCACUUGGCGAAAAGAGUCUUGUGUUGAUGCAGCCGCCGUGUAGAAUGUUUCGAGUCGGUGAAUGUAUGUCGCAAAAGAUGGGCGCAAAUAAAUUGGAUGGUCUGGCUGA